GCCGUCUAGUACACGGGCUGUAACACUGCCCUACUUCCCACUGGACUGCUGGAUUCCUGCACAGUGCACACGGCUCUUUCGGCGCACUGGCUGGUCAUGGCGUUGCGGACUGUCCGAAACUUACCCUGUUUUUUAAGUGUACUCGGCGUGUUGCUCCUCAGCAGUGGCCCAUACUGUGUCUUGUCAUGUCCGAGCCGCUGUUUGUGUUUCCGAACCACUGUCAGAUGUAUGCAUCUAAACCUGGAAUCAGUACCAGCUGUUCUUCCCCAGACAACAAUCCUAGAUCUGAGAUUCAACAAAAUCAAGGAUUUACAGCCAGGAUCCUUCAGACGAUUAAAAAACCUCAAUACACUGCUUUUAAAUAACAACCACAUUAGAAGAAUCCCAAGAGGAGCCUUUGAAGAUUUGGAAAGCCUAAAAUAUCUCUAUUUGUACAAGAAUGAAAUCCAGGCGAUAGACCGAGAAGCUUUUAAGGGCCUUGUCUCUCUAGAACAACUAUACCUGCACUUCAACAACAUCGAGUCUUUGGAGCCGGAGUCUUUCUCUCAUCUUCCCAAGCUGGAGCGGCUGUUUCUGCACAACAACAGAAUUACUCAUCUUGCAUUAGGAACCUUCUCCCAGCUGCAGUCCAUGAAGAGACUGCGCCUCGACUCAAACUCACUGCACUGUGACUGUGAACUGCUGUGGUUAGCCGAUCUGUUGAAGCAGUACGCAGAGUCUGGUAACGCUCAAGCCGCGGCUACAUGCGACUAUCCAAGCCGCUUGCAUGGACGCUCGGUCGCAACUCUCACUGCAGAGGAGCUCAACUGUGAAGUUCCCCGGAUCACAUCUGAGCCGCAGGAUGUGGACGUAACCUCUGGGAACACUGUGUACUUCACAUGCAGGGCAGAGGGCAACCCCAAACCUCAAAUCAUCUGGCUCAGAAACAACAAUGCUCUGAACAUGAGGGACGACACGCGUCUCAAUCUUCUGGAAGAUGGGACACUGAUGAUCCAGGACACGCGGGAGACAGACCAGGGCGUUUAUCAGUGCAUGGCCAGAAACGUGGCUGGAGAGGUGAAGACCUCAGAGGUCACCUUGCGAUACUUCAGAUCACCAGCUCGACCUAGUUUCGUGAUCCAGCCGCAGAAUACAGAGGUUCUGGUCGGGGAGAGUGUGACCCUGGAGUGCAGUGCGACGGGCCAGCCGCAGCCCCGCGUGACCUGGACCAAAGGAGACCACACGGCCCUCCCAGUGGACCCCCGCAUCAACAUCACUCCUUCAGGAGGUCUCUACAUCCAGAACGUCAAUCAGGCCGAUGGGGGACAGUACACCUGCUUCGCAAGUAACAAUGUGGACACCAUCCACGCCACUGCGUAUAUCAUAGUACAGGCUCGUCCUCAGUUCACAGUGACCCCUCAGGAUCAGUCCGUGCUGGAGGGUCAUACAGUUGACUUUCCCUGCGAGGCCAGCGGUUACCCUCAGCCUGUCAUAGCAUGGACUCGCGGCGGCAGCCCCCUGCCUAACGACAGACGGCACGUUGUUCUCUCAUCGGGCAGCUUGCGCAUCAGCCGCGUGGCCCUUCAUGACCAGGGCCAGUACGAGUGCCAGGCCGUCAGUCCUGUUGGCACUGUCAGAGCAGCUGUUCAUCUCAACAUCCUGCAAACCGUAAGGCCUGUUUUCACAAGCGCUCCAAGGGAUACGACUGUGGAGUCUGGAUCAGAUGUCCAGAUUCCGUGCAGCGCACAGGGUGAACCCACACCUAUCAUCACAUGGAGCAAGGAUGGAGUCCAGAUUACAGAGAGUGGGAAGUUUCAUAUCAAUCCAGAUGGCUAUCUGGAAGUGCAAGACGUGGGGCUUGCCGAUGGGGGACGAUAUGAGUGUGUAGCCCGCAACUCCAUUGGAUAUUCCUCAUCUAGCAUGGUACUAACAGUACAAGUCCCGCAGGUGAGCAGGGAGGGUGAUCCGUUUGUCUCAACGUCCCUUGAAGAGGCCAUUCGGAGCAUAAACAGCGCAAUAGACUCCACCAGGAGGCAGCUCUUUGACGGAUCUCCUCGUACUCCUGCGGAGCUUCUGGCUCUGUUUCGUUACCCCCGGGACCCCUACACAGUGGAGCAGGCCAGAGCGGGAGAGAUUUUUGAGCAGACCCUCCUACUAAUCCAGAGGCAUGUAAACCAGGGCCUCAUGGUGGACACUAAUGGAACUGCCUACCGCUAUAAUGACUUGGUGUCACCACGUUUCCUGGAUAUGAUCGCUAACCUGUCUGGCUGCACGGCCCAUCGGCGCUUCAACAAUUGCUCGGAUAUCUGCUUCCACCAGAAGUAUCGCACCCAUGAUGGCACUUGCAACAACCUGCAGCACCCCAUGUGGGGCGCCUCACUCACUGCCUUCGAGCGAUUGCUAAAGCCUGUCUACGACAAUGGCUUUAAUCUCCCACGUGGUGCCACUGAGCGAAGGCAUAACAGCUUCACUCUGCCUCUUCCACGCCUGGUCUCCACUUCCAUGAUUGGGACGGAGACCAUCACCCCAGAUGAUCGCUACACACACAUGCUUAUGCAAUGGGGCCAGUUCCUUGACCACGACCUGGAUUCAACCGUUGUAUCCCUCAGCCAGUCUCGUUUCUCUGAUGGACAGUUGUGUACCUCGGUGUGCACCAAUGACCCACCUUGUUUUCCAAUCAUGUUCCCUCCUGACGAUCCACGGCAGCGGCACAACGGAGCACGUUGCAUGUUCUUUGUACGCUCUAGUCCUGUUUGCGGCAGUGGAAUGACCUCUCUGCUUAUGAACUCUGUGUAUCCACGCGAGCAGAUGAACCAGCUCACCUCCUACAUUGAUGCCUCCAAUGUUUACGGCAGCUCGCAGCACGAGGCAGAAGAGAUCCGUGACUUGGCCAGCCAUCGGGGCAUGUUGCGGCAGGGCAUUGUGCAACGCACUGGUAAGCCAUUGCUUCCAUUUGCAACUGGCCCACCAACAGAGUGCAUGCGGGACGAAAACGAAAGUCCCAUUCCUUGCUUCCUAGCUGGGGACCAUCGUGCCAAUGAGCAACUUGGGUUGACAGCUAUGCACACGGUUUGGUUCCGUGAACAUAACCGCAUAGCCAGCGAGUUGCUACGUCUCAAUCCCCAUUGGGAUGGCGACACCAUUUACCAUGAGACACGGAAGAUAGUCGGAGCCCAAAUGCAGCAUAUAACCUACAGCCAUUGGUUGCCCAAAAUACUGGGCGAGGCUGGCAUGCGGCUAAUGGGUGACUAUAAUGGCUAUAAUCCCAAUAUUAAUGCUGGCAUCCUCAAUGCUUUUGCCACUGCUGCCUUCCGCUUUGGCCAUACACUCAUUAACCCCAUUCUGUACCGGCUCGACGAAAACUUUCAGCCCAUCCAGCAAGGACACAUUUUGCUGCAUAAGGCUUUUUUCUCACCCUUCCGUAUUGUGAACGAAGGAGGCAUCGAUCCUCUGCUCCGUGGCUUGUUUGGAGUGGCGGGAAAAAUGCGAGUGUCCACUCAACUGCUUAACAGUGAACUUACCGAACGCCUUUUCUCGAUGGCGCACGCCGUGGCACUUGACCUUGCCGCCAUGAAUAUCCAAAGGGGACGUGAUCACGGUAUACCACCUUACAAUGACUACCGGGUGUUCUGCAACCUGACAUCUGCGCAGACGUUUGAUGAUCUAAGGAAUGAGAUUCAGAACCCCAGCGUGCGAGAAAAGCUUCAAAGGCUCUAUGGCACACCUCAGAAUAUUGACCUGUUUCCUGCUCUGAUGGCUGAAGAGCUGGUGCCUGGCAGCAGACUGGGACCAACCCUCAUGUGUUUACUGGCAACCCAGUUCAAGCGUCUCAGAGAUGGUGACCGGUUUUGGUAUGAGAAUCCUGGCUCCUUUAGCCCUGCUCAGUUAACUCAGCUGAAGCAGACGUCUCUCGCUCGGGUGCUGUGUGACAAUAGUGACAACAUCACCCGAAUCCAGUCAGAUGUCUUUAGCGUGGCUGAAUUCCCUCAUGGUUAUGGAAGCUGUGAUGAUGUACCUAAGAUUGACCUACGUAUGUGGCAGGACUGCUGUGAAGACUGCCGCACUAAAGGUCAGUUCAAUGCCCUGUCGUACCACUUCAGAGGCCGCAGGUCAGCGGAGCACAGCUAUGCAGAGGACAAACCUGCCACUAACCUCACCGACAACAGCAGCGCUUUGGAAGAAGCUCGAACUGCAGUAAACAUAACUGUGUCACCAAAGUCAAGCACUGAACCCUCCGUUAAGGAUUUCCAAGACUUUGUUGCUGACAUGCAGAAAACUAUCACAAGUUUACGAAAACAGAUAAAAAGACUUGAAGACCGUCUGAGCAGGACAGACUGUGCAGAUGAGGACGGGAGAGAGCGAGUAGAUGGAGAGCGUUGGAAGAAGAACCCCUGCACCAGUUGUCAGUGUCAUGAGGCCCAGGUGACGUGUUUUGUGGAAAAGUGUCCGCCGGCAGCAUGUCUGAAGCCAGUGACGCCAAAAGGCUCUUGCUGCCCCGUGUGCCUCAACCAGCCAUCACAACCGCAGGAUAACGAGCGCCACGUAUAACCUCAGCACACUUAACCAAUGUGACCUUGAGCUCAUGCCUCCAUUUGUUCCAUAGUUGCGUAUCAGGGUUUUUUGUUGUUUGUCACGUAUUGAUAUUUUUGUUUGCAUAUCCUCAGAUGCCCUAAACAAAGAAACAAAAAUACACUACCUUAAAAAGUAUUUGAACAGAUGAAUGUUGGGGCCCUGUUUUCCCCCUAAGGCAUGUUAACCGGGAGACAACCACCAGAAGUGUCCAUUUACGAGAUGGGCGGCUCCGGUCCUGGAGGGACACUUUCCUGCAGAGUUCAGCUCGAUCACUAAUCAAACACACCAAACCAAAGUCUUCAGGAUUACUUGAAAAUUGCAGUCAGUUGCAUAAAAAAAGCAUAUAUAU